AUGAACCAACCGUCCAGGGCCGAUCGUUUCGUCCUCCCGGACGGCGAGCGCAAGGUGACGUACGAGCGGGACACCAAGGUGGAGAACGCGGGGACGUUUGUGAUUCAGCGCGAGGAUCACACGCUCGCGAAUCUGCUUCGAAUGGAGCUGCAUAAGAACCCGGACGUCGUCUUCGCGGGGUACAAGAACCCGCACCCGACGGAUCACCGCGUGAUACUGAAAGUGCACACGAACGCGAACACGACCCCGGUGCAGGCGCUGAGGGACGCGGUGACGAAUCUUCGCGCCGAGGUGAGCGACAUCGCGCAGCAGUUCGCGGACGAGAUCAACGCGAUUCGGCGCCAGUGA